AUGGCAUUUGCAAGGAAGCACGCGGCUGGGCGCGAAGCAGCAGCAGAACAUCACCACUCUAGCUCGGAGAGCCUUGGGGAUAUGCAAGAGAAGCAGAAAGGAGGGGGAUCAGCAGCAGCAGGAGGAGGAGGAGGAGGAGGAGGAGGAGCAGGAGCAGCAGCAGGAGGGGCUCCUGCUGCUGCUGCAGUACGUCGUUUGUUCAGCAACCUCGAUAAAUAUCUUGAAGAUGCUACUCUCGCGCAACAGGCAUCAAGCUUCACAGGUCUGAGGCCUUCUGUCUUAGUUAUUGCUCUCGGGCUCUUUCUUAUCAUUAGUCUCGGAACAGGUAUCGGAGGGGGUCUCGUAUGCGACGUCGCUGGAUUCUUAUACCCAGCCUGGAUGUCCUUCCGCGCUAUAGAAAGCGCAGGAGCUGAAGACGAUAAGCUGUGGCUGACGUAUUGGGUUGUCUACGGCGCAUUUUCAAUUGCUGAGUAUUUCGUCGACUUCAUUUUGUUUUGGGGGGCGGAGACGGUGUAUAACUGUUUUGUAAGGCCUUUCUUGCUGCAGCAUCAGCAGCCAAUUGAUAUUUGCCUUCAAGGGAUUGAAAAUGCGAGCAGCAAAGCAGCAGCAAACCUUCAUCAAGUUGUUCAAGAGGGUUUUACUACGGUGCAAGGAGCUGUUGCUGCAGUCAGACGCGUAUCCUAG